AUGGCGCAGCGUGAUCAAGGCAGGGAAUCCCCGAGGAACCAGUACCCUCCCCAUCAUGGAAUGGAAGGCGGCUCUCCCCGCAACCAGUACCCCCCGCCAGCUGGUGGUGAUGACCGCUCGAGGCAUCAUCAGUCUUCCCAGCCGCCUGUGACGUUGCCUCCGAUCCGAGACCCAGGAAGCGGGUACCCUUCGCAUCAGAGCUACAAUAGUCCUCUCCCAGCGCCAACCAACGGCUACAGCCAAGGUCCGCCGCCGCCUCCGCCUCAGGGCGCGAAUGGCUAUCCAUCUCACCAGAGUGGUCCCCCCUCCUCACUACCGCCUCUCCAGCCUCCCCAUCAAGAUACUCGAUCUCCGAGCUAUCCUAGCCAAGGUGACCGCAGGGACGACUACUACCAGCAGCGACCGCCUUAUGACCGCGAUCCGUAUUAUUCCGGCUACCGCAGCCAUCCUCCACCCGACUACUCGAGAGAUUACGGACGAGGUCAGCCGCCUCCGCACGACGACUACCGCCGUGACCAUGGGCCGCCAAGGCAUGAUCCCAACUAUCCUCCUCGAGGUCCCUACGAGCCUGAUUAUGUCAACGGCAGAAACGGGUAUCCUCCUUAUCAGCAAGGUCCCCCGCCCCCGCAGGCCCCUCAAAUGCAGCAAGCUGCUCCGAGGCAGCGAACCUCGAUUGCGUGCCGGUACUGUCGAAAGCGAAAGAUUCGAUGCAGUGGUUACCAGAACGCCCCUGGCGGCCGAUGCGUAAACUGCACGAGAAUGAAUCAGGAGUGUAUCUUCCAGCCUGUUUCUUCCAGUAGCUCUGCCGCGUUUGUCCACGUUUCUGCUGUUCAAGGCGGUAUCGCCCCAGGGACACCACUUUACGGUGCUUACGGCCAACCUUUGCCUCAAGGGCCUGGCGCGCAUCCUCCUCCCACUGGUCAACAACCGCCGCCUCCCGGUCCUCCACCAGCUGGAGCGCCACAGGGAGCGCCCUAUCCGCCUGCGCCGGCUGUGCAGAAUCAGCCACCCUACUACCCACCACCAGUCCGUUCACCAACCGAUAUGCAUUCUCCUUAUGCCGAGUCGGAUGCUACUUCUGCGAGUGGAAGGCGUCGAAGGCGAGAAUCCGAAGAGGGCCAUGAGCGGCGACUCCCGCCCCCUAACGGUCAAGAAGAGGAACCUUGGCGACGAUCUCCUGUGUCUGGCAGCAACAGCCCCAGGAGUCAAUACUACCCUUCGCAAGGUCCACUCCCUGCACCACCUGGUAGCUCGGCCGGCACGCAUACUCCUCCCGUGUCCUCUACCGGACCGACACCACCUCAACGAUCGCCCGCUACAUCGCACACGAGUGCGCCGAACGGUCACAACGGUAACUCGACCAACGGCACCACACCGACACCGCAAGCGAAGGCGCUUUCGCCGCUUUCAGCCGGUGGACAUUCUUCGGUCAUGAGCGUGAGGAGUAUCCUUGGAGACUCGCCGGGCCAUGAUAUGGACCGGAACAUGCUUGGUCGACUCGACCGGGGCGCGCGUUAA